GGCACAGGGGAUGUGACGUCACAGAGGUGCGCCUCCGCUCAGUUGAUCGAAGAAAGUCAAAGUAUCAUCGACACAGAAGUGUUCAUUUACACAGCUGGACUUUAACACAAACACACAGACAUGUCAGACUUCAAUGACUCUUUGAAUGAUGUCUCUAGUGACAGCUUCUGGGAGGUGGGAAAUUAUAAGCGUACAGUGAAGCGUGUGGAUGAUGGGAACAGGUUGUGUAAUGACCUGAUGAACUGCAUACAUGAGCGUGCACGCAUUGAGAAGAGUUACGCGCAGCAGCUCACAGAGUGGUCCAAACGCUGGAGACAGCUCAUUGAGAAAGGUCCCCAGUAUGGGACAGUGGAACGGGCGUGGUGUGCUUUGAUGACCGAAGCCGAGAAAGUGAGUGACCUGCAUAUGGAGGUGAAAGCUGCUCUGAUGGGUGAAGACUUUGAGAAGGUGAAGAACUGGCAGAAGGAUGCCUUUCACAAACAGAUGAUCGGCGGAUUCAAGGAGACCAAAGAGGCAGAUGAUGGUUUCCGCAAAGCCCAGAAACCCUGGGCCAAAAAACUCAAAGAGGUGGAUGCCAUGAAGAAAGUGUACCACGCUGCCUGUAAGGAGGAGAAAAAUGCCACCAGCCGAGAGAGUACAAGCAAACUUGAGAACAACAACCCAGAUGUGCAGAAGAAACUGCAGGAGAAAGUGGAGAAAUGCCAACAAGAAGUUCAGAAGACUAAGGAGCGCUAUGAGAAGUCUCUGGAGGAGCUGGAUAAACUGACCCCUCAGUACAUGGAGAACAUGGAGCAGGUGUUUGAACAGUGGCAGCAGUUUGAGGACAAGCGACUGCGCUUCUUUAAAGAGCUGCUGUUGAACGUCAAACAACAUCUUGACCUCUCCACCAAUCACAAGUACAAGACUGUGUAUCACACACUAGAAGAUACCAUUCAAGGAUCUGACGCAGAGGAAGACCUGAAGUGGUUCCGUUCAAACCACGGCCCAGGAAUGCUUAUGAACUGGCCUCAGUUUGAGGAAUUGUCCAUGGACUUGAAUCGAACGCUCAGUCGACGAGAAACAAAAAGGAAACACACUGAUGAUGUUACACUGAUGGGAAUCAGUCAAACUGGAGAUCAAGUUUCAAAAACUAGCAGCAGCUUGACUGUGCCCGCUAGCACAGAACCAGCGUGUUUAAACCCGUUUGACGACGACGAUGAUGAAGAUGAAGAUGCAGCAGUUCAUCCGCCCCAGAGCAGCCCACAAAAUAUCACAACAGAGCAAGUGAUUGCCAAAACGUUGGUGGACUCAAAUGCCAGUAAUGUAGAGAAGACGGCAGAUUGUUCAGAUGAGGAAACGGGGAAUCCUUUCGCGAGCUCUAAUGCUAAUGGCAAUCCGUUUGAUGAUGAGCCGUCUUCUCCUGAAGUGUCCAGUCCCGUCCGAGCCUUAUAUGACUACGAGGGACAGGAGCAGGACGAGCUGAGCUUCAAAGCAGGAGAGGUGUUCACUAAGAUCGGCGAGGAGGAUGAGCAGGGCUGGUGUAAAGGGCGUCUGUCAGAUGGGACGAUCGGACUCUAUCCUGCUAAUUAUGUUGAAGAUAGUCAUUGAGUGCGUCUGACGACAAGAUGAUUGUAUUUUACGCCGGUAGAGAUUCUUACUGUCCUCCACACUUACACACAGUAAAUCACCCCUGUACACUGAUCUGACAGCAGUUACACCAACACACACUCUACAACCGGUCAACAUCAUCAUAUAACAGUCAAUCCCAUAAUCUCAUUUCAACACUUUAUUCAAAUAUAUUCUGUUAUAAUAAAUCACAGUAGGAAUACAGGUGAUCAUCUAUGUUUAAUUCACUAGGUUUUUUGAGGUCUACAUUCAUAAAGUCACAUUUAUCUGCCAUUUGGCAAUUUCCUUUUAAUAUGGAAAAACAAGCCUUCCUCUUUUGCCAAAUAAUCCACUGAUAGGCAGUGCUCAGGGUUCGAAAUUCAAAAUGUCUUUUUUUUUUAAAAGAUAUUUUUAGGAAUGCUUUUUUGUUUUUUAUGAUUUAAGUGUAAAAACCAAGCAAAUCAAAUGAAUCGAAAUGAUUUGAUUACACUUACCUUACACUUAUCAAAAGAUGAACAUCCUUCGAUAUUAACCCUGCGUCGACAUGGACUUUCUGUACUCAAGGUCCGUUUAGAAAGUGACGCUGAGUAAUCAUUCAUCAGACAGAAGACUUCUUCAGCCAUUCAAACUGCAUUGUGUAUCAUUUCAUUUGAAUUUCUCUUUUAUUGUCAUUUGUUUUAGGGAACUCACUUUUGGCUGUAUCUUCACCUGCACUGGACAGUAUGCUGUAGUUCAAUGCUAGAAUGACUGUGUUGAAAACGGCAUCAUAUAUAUUGAGUUUCACACUAAAGAAGUGUUCUAACUGUAUAGAGUAGUGUUGAACAUGUAUAUAGCAAUAUCCACCAAGCAUUUAAAGGAAAUGGGAUGUUCUGAAUUCUAGUUUUAAUAUGGAGGACUGUUAUUAAAUAUGCCUCAAGUGCUUUGACAUUUUCCACUAAUGCUGUGAUUCGCAAUUGGAAUGUAUUUGAAUUGAGCGCUAAGGUAUACGAAUGUUAUGAAUUCAUUGUUUUAUGGUUUAAUGUAUAAAUUUGACUUCCCAACGCCACCAAACCUCUCAGGUGGUCUUUACAUUGAGUUAUAAAGCCAGGCAAUGUCUGUGCAGUGUGUGCGCGCAUGUGUUUGUGUGUGUGUUACAUGGAUAUUUUCAUCUAUGAGCAGUGCUAGAAUGAAAUUGAGACAUUUAAAUUGAAUGAAUGAAUUGAAUAUUGUUGGACAAAUGUGGUGACAUGUUUGGUUUGCAAUAUUCAGUAACACAGUUUGGAGUUUAUUUCAUUUUGUAUAUUGUCAAGCUGGCAAUAAAUAAACAGAAGUUAUAUUUCUUUGACUGUUA